AUGUCCUCUACUACUCCAUCUUCAUCGUCAGCAACCGAUUAUAAAUGUUCUGCAAACCAUGUUCCUAAUACCUGGAGUGAGGACAUGGUGACCUCAGACUUAAGAACAGAAACGAGUAUUUCACAACUUUUAGAAAAUUCUCCUCUUCUUUAUACUCCUACUUUAUCGUCUACUGUUACGUCCCCUGAUUUAAGGGAUACUUUAGAAGCAGAUGAUGAGGAGAGUCGUAUACCGCCAACUGGUAUUUUCACGUUACAAGAUUUCAUUAAUAUAGAAGAGUUGCGAAAACUCGCGGCAAGCAACGAUUGCAUGUUCACCAGAACGUCAAAUAAUUCCACAACUCUACCAAAUUUGGCCCCUUCAAUAACGCCAAUGAAGCCGAUCGCCCCUGCCCUGUUUAGUCCUAUUUCCUCCAUAUCUUUUUCUCCUACUUCUGAAGCUGAUCCUUCUGAACGACAAUCUUCAACUAAUAAUGUAUCAACUGAAGAAAAAAAGAAGUCAGCUGGUGGUCGUAAGAGAAAAGCCGAAAGUCUUGAAGAAAAAGAGCAGAGACAACGUGAAAGAAUUCUUCGAAAUCGUCAUGCUGCUCAAAUGUCUCGAGACAAAAAACGUAGACAAAUGGCUGAUUUAGAAUCUCAAAAUACUAUUCUAAAAGAAGAAAAUUCACAUCUAUCUAAACGUUUAAAAGUUGUUGAAGAGGAAAAUGCAAAUUUGUCUGCAAAACUUGAUUCAAUUUCGGCUCAACUCGCUGAAAUUCAAUCUCAUUUAGCCGUAUCCGAGAUGAAUAAAGUCCUCCUUGAUGGUGUUCGCGGAUCUGCAGUAUCCGCGGCCUCGGAAAAAGAAUCUCUGGAUUUUUCUAAUCUUAAAGAGGAUCCUAUUAAUAAUAAUGAUAAAGUCCCAGCAGCGGCCCGUCAAGACGAGGAACCUUUACGGGAUGUCGUCGAUAACCCCUACCUUUCCGAUUUGGAUGUGUCCUCCACAAAUGCUGAAGCAACUAUUGUUGACCUUCUCGAUAGUUUUCUGGACUACGACUGGUCAGCAGAAGAAUUUUCUGCUAUUCAGCAACAAUCAAAUGCUCCUCCGUCGCUUCGAAGAGAAGCGUUGGUCGAAAUCCGUAAAGGCU